AUUGCAGACUGGAAUAUAGCAUUUUCAUUAUACAUGACCUCUCCAGGGGAUUUUAAAUCUAAAAACUACCCUCAUAAGAUAAUAAGCCUUGGGUCUUGGUUAAAAGAAAGGUUUGAAAUGAGUUACGUAGACAAACUCAGAGACGAAAGAUUAUUUGCUACUAAAACUAUGAACGCUAACUGCAGUCAGUAUUAUGAUCUCGUUAAAAAACUAUCAUCGUUGUCUGGUCAAUGGCCUUAUCAAAAACCAAUAACGAGAUUAUUUUGUAUGAUCUUGAUGACUUUGAGCACAAUGUCUAUGAUUAUUCCACAGAUAGCUAAAUUUGUUAUGUGCAAUGGAAACUUACAAUGUAUCUUUCAAACUAUGUCGGCCUAUAUGUUGACAACGAUAACAUUGGUGAAGCUGUAUACUUGUUACUUUAACCGAUGCAAAGUAUGUAAAUUUGUUCAUUUUUGGGUAAUGUUUGAAUUAUAUUACAUAUACUCCAGAGAAUAUAUAACUUAAAUCUUAAUGUUUGUGUAUGUGUGUGUGGGUGUGUGU